AUGUCCGCGCGACUACCCGACCGGGGCGCGAAGCGCAGCCGAUCGCGAUCCCCAUCAUCCUGGCGUCAACCCCAGAAGCAUCCCCGCGGACCUGACGACCGGCAAGACUCAAACCGAGGAUGGGAUCAAGGCCGAUCGCGCCAGUCCAACCAGCCCCGAGACAUGCGCGAUCAAUUGCGGCUCAACCAGAUCCAAGAAGACGAGCAGGCGCGGGAAUGGGUGGCGCAGGAGGAUAUCUUUGUGUUGAAGCAAGCCAAGAAGAAGGCCGAGAUCCGAGUGAAGGAAGGGCGCGCGAAGCCCAUCGACUGGCUCACAGUUACACUCCGAGUGAUCGAUCCUACGCGUGAUCCUAUGGACGACGAGAUUGCCGACUCGGAGAUUGAUGUUGUGGAUCCAGAUGGGGUGUUUGAAGGAUUGUCAGAAGCCGAGCUUCAGGAUCUGGAGCAUGAAAUCGAGACAUUCCUUAAAUUGGAAUCAAAUGCGCAGAAUCGCGAUUUCUGGCAGACUAUGAAAGUUAUCUGUCGAGAUCGCCAAAAGACCUCAGCACCUGAAGGGCGGGCCCUCAGCUCCGUGGCGGCUGACAUCAAUCGGCUUCUGAGCCCAAAGACAUACGAGCAGCUCCAAAAUCUGGAGGUCCAAGUAAGGAGAAAAUUAAACUCAAAUGAGCCCAUCGAUACGGACUAUUGGGAAGAGUUGCUACGCAGCUUAACAGUCUGGAAAGCCCGGGCCAGACUGAGGAAUGUCUAUCAAGCUGUGAUCGAUGAACGCGUUCGUGAUUUACGAAAGCAGCAGCGAGAAGAGGCGGAGUCUGUUCGGGAAAAGCUAGCUCCCCUUGCACCGGCUGUCGUUCAGGGCGAGGGUUACCAAGACUCCGCCCAAUCGACCGGGUUCGAAGGCUUAGAUCCGGAUCCAUUACUACACGUGCGCGCGGAAGAUAAAGGAUUGGAUAUUAUGGACGAAUCUAGCCUUCUUCGCCAAGUGGCCAAAGAACGCCAAAAGAUUCUGCGCAUGGGAUUUGUUCCUUUGCGACAGCGACAAGCUGACAGGCCUGCAACAGCCUUUGCCAACCCUGCGUCUAGCGUGACCCUUGCUCCUGCUACUGGAAGUAGAUUCUCAUCUCUUCCCAACGAUGAUUUCUCGCAAGCGACUAAGGCUUUGUAUGAAAAGGAAUUAGCCAAGGGUGUCAGCGAGAACGAAGAGAUUUUCACUGGAGAAGAGUCUGUUCGAACUGGUACGCAGCCCCAAUGGGCUGGCAAGCACAGGCCCCGCAAACCCCGAUACUUUAACCGAGUACAAAUGGGUUAUGAGUGGAAUAAAUACAACCAGACACAUUACGAUCAUGAUAAUCCGCCCCCAAAGGUCGUGCAAGGGUAUAAAUUCAACAUCUUCUAUCCUGAUCUUAUUGACAAGGUCAAAGCUCCAACAUAUCGCAUUGAGCGAGAGAAUGGUCGCAAGCGUGGAGAGUCCUCUGCAGAAGCAGGAGAGGAAGAUACCUGCCUUAUUCGGUUUAUGGCAGGGGCCCCAUAUGAAGAUAUUGCCUUCCGAAUUGUUGAUAAGGAAUGGGAUUAUAGCGCGAAGCGCGAACGGGGAUUCAAGAGCACAUUUGACAAGGGUAUUCUCCAGCUUCAUUUCCAGUUCAAAAGGAUCUAUUACCGGAAGUAA